AUGGCUUCAGAGAAGUGGACUGAAUGUCACAGUUCUUUAGAGGACGACUGUGAAUCACAUCUUCCCUCUUCCCGGCUCUUAUCAAGGAAUUAUGGUUGCCAUAGACGCAGAGCUCCAAGCCUUUCUAUUGAUUCUGGAACUUUUUCUGUGGAGCCCUGCCAGGCGUUUGAAAGCAGUGAAGGAGAGGUCCAGGCCUCCACGGUGGUGCAGUAUCUCCAGUCCAUGACCCUCCAAAAUUCCGGCCAGGAUAAGCUGAAAAAUUUGCAGCGCAUGCUGGAUCCAGAGAACCAGAACGACCCUGUUAGUCGGGAUAGGUUUCAUGCCACCAUGAGGGAUUGGAUAGCCCAGUGCUGCCAAGAUGGCCUGCCUGAAGAUAAGAACCAGGUACCAGGUUCAGUCUUUAGAAAAUUAUCUUUAACUGGGACAGAGUAUCCUACUUCUUUAAAUGAAGCCACAUUCACAGAUGGAGCUGAAUGUCAUUGUGAGUCUGGAGAUCUGUUUGGGUUAGUAGCUGAACUGAAACACAACCAGCAGAGGUUAAGUGAGCAGAACAGCAGUCUGUUAAGAACCGUUUCUCAGUGUGAAGACACAAUACUACAACUCAACCUGGAGGUUUCAGAGUUACACACCAAACUUGCCAGUGCUCAGUUGUUUGCGGUAAGAUCACAGGCUCUUUCUGAAGAACUUGAUGAAACCAAAAGUGCCCUUUGGGAGAGCCAGGACAGAGCCACACGAGCACAAGCCAGCAACCGUGCAUUAAUAAAGGAAAGUGAACGAUUGAAAGCCCUGAUUAAAAUAACUGAGGAAAAGAAUGUAAAAAUAACAAUGGAGAGAAACCUGAGUGAGGAGCGAAUAAACAAACUGAAAAGAGAAAUCUCUGAUUUAAGGAGUGAACUGGAAGAAACGCAUAUGGUACUAGCUGUAAAAGACAGAGACCUUACUAAGAGAAACAUACUGCUGGAAAAGCUGAAGGACAUUCACUUUGAAAGCCACAAACUUAUUGAGGGCUUACAGUCAGAACUGAUGAGGUUACAAGAGCACUCACAGCAAGCACUCUUCAGGUUAAAUAAAUCCCAUACCGGCUCUCCUCCUGGUUCACAUAGAAUAUGUGCGACAAACCAUCAGUCUCUGGAUUGUGAGAUUCAGGAAGCUCAACCGAAUGUGGCCAUGGAGUUGAGUUCCUCACUCAGUCAGAUGUUGCCAAUCCAGGGAGGAGAUAUUCAAAACAUCAAGCCUGUUGAAUUAUCCCAUAUUCUCCAUAUGCAAUUCGCAGAGACUGUGAGAAAUGCACAUCAUAGACAUUAUCCCCCUGUUUCACAGACAAGGCUUAAGGCUAGUCCUCGACUAAAACACAUGUCUCAACUGAAAAUAACGUGCACGUACAGAUCUUAA